CCAAGAAAAAGUAAUUGCUGUGAUGUACUCCUUCCAUAUUGAGUUCUGAAGCCACAAACCAAGUAUAUACUAAGCCCAAAAAACAGAGGAAAAACGAAGAAGACGGCACAUGAAAUUAGCAUGAGUAACCCAAGUGGCCAAGUCCAACAAAUGAAGUGGUCAAUGACAGUUAACUUGGUUCCAAAAAUCAAAAUCAAUGAACAGGUCCUUGCAGAUCUUUCCACAACACAAUCAGCAGAUUACAGCUAAUGAGGAUCUUAAGAGAUGUCCCUAGACUAAGCCUUCCAAAUCGCACCUAACACCUUCAGAGCAACUACUGAAAUAAUCGUCCUUUCUUGACAGGACGAAAGACAAAAGGGAAAUGGCCACCUUAAAGCACUUCACACAUCGAUGCCAUCCACUGAAGGAAUUUUCAGAGGAUAAUGAGUUCAAAUGUGAUGGCUGUGAAAUGUUAGGCAUCGGACAGAGAUACCAAUGUAGGGAAUGCAGUUUCAAUCUGCAUAUGCAUUGUGGCCAUUGUCCUGCAGAUCUUUGCUCAUUUAUGCACCCAAAACACCGACUUCACUUGACCUUAGUGCAAAGGUCAAGAGCCUCAUUUUCCAUCAAACAUGCCUGUGAAGUAUGUGGUAAGGGUGUAAGGGGGCUAUUCUAUCACUGUAAGCGGUGUGAAAUUUAUGUUCACCCACUUUGUAGCCAAUUGCCUCAAUAUGUACACUACAUAACAGAUGUAGAGCACAGCUUAGAGCUACAGCAUCGAGAACAAUCUAAUUCUUGCACUGUUUGUGGGGGAUACUGCAGUCACUGGUAUUACAAAUGUGGCAAGUGCCCAAUAAUCCUUCAUAUUGACUGUCUACUAUCAAAACUUCUGCUUUCCAAACCACUACCUCUGCAAAAGAAAAAGUCAACUUUCUUUUCUUGGUCAUCACAGAAAAAAAGGUCAACCGUGGCAUGGUGGUGGUUCUGUGUAGCUUUUGUUAUGGCUUUACACUUACUUCACCUGGUAAGGGAACCCCAAUCUCCUGCAGAUCACAGAUAAAUGUGUUACAUAGAAGAGGCAACUCAGGUGAGUUUGCAGUUGCGCUUCAUGAAUUAUUUCUUUUUUCAAAUCAUCCAAAUACUUGUA